AUGGAGAUAGAUCCUCCCGACGGAGCCGUCACUAAUCCUGACACUGGAACCAAGAGUUCAUAUUCUGAGCUGGAUUAUUUAGAGUUUGAUCUAGGAAUGCCUCUGGGGUGCUAUAGGAAGAAAGGUGUUUUGCAAGUAUCCUGUGAGGCUCAAGAACGAGCUACUGCUGUCACUGAAGCUGCUGAGGCCUCUACUGCCGCUAUUAAUGGUGAUAAGGGAAAUGAAAAUGGGGAUCGUCAGAUACACCAGAUAUGUUCAGAGGAAGAAAAGGUGACAUUAGCUGUGUAUCAGCUUCAAGGUAAUGUUAGUGAUUGGUGGGAGGCCACCCGAGGAAGGGUCUUUCGGAAGUCGUCAGUCGAUCAGUAUGAGGCUAAGUUUGCAAGGUUGUCUAAGUACGCACCAAGAAUGGUCGAAGACCCAGUGGAUAGGGUAAAGAGAUUCCGGGAUGGUCUGAAACCGGAGAUCAUAAGCCAGUUGGUGCCCCUAAAUCUGAGGGAUUACAAUGAGCUUUACGAGAGGGCUCAACUGAUCGAAAGGCACACGAUUGAGUGGGCUGCCGCAUCUGGAUCACGGUAUGUGCUAGCUAGGGACAACCAGCGCUUUGGAAAAAAGCCUAUGACUGAAAAUAGAUGUUUUGUCCCUCUUGUUAAGAAGAAUAUUAGGAAACCGGCAUACUACUCUAAUGCCACAUACCGAUCUUAUGGAAGGAAGCAUGGGAAUGGCCCUUGCCCAUGUAAGACUGGAGCUUGCUAUAGAUGUGGCCAACAUGGUCAUCAAGUGAAAGACUGUCCGAGCCGAUCAGCUAGACCGCCAAUGCAACCGCAACAAACGCGAGUAGAACAGCAAGCUGGAACUACUUCCCAGAAUAAACAAAAUCGGCUGCAGGCAAAAGGAAGAGUCUAUGCUAUGGGCCGAAGGGAGGCGGAGGAUGUGCCUCGCGUGAUCACAGAAGUAAUUUUGCGUGUUACCACCUCUCUUAAGGAUGAAGUGCUAAUUUCAGUAGGAUGUCCAGGGUGUAAGUUAGUUAUUGGUGGUAGGAAGGAAAUGAUAGACUUGGCAGUUUUAGCGAUGUACAACUUUGAUGUUAUCAUUGGGAUGGAUUGGCUGGUGAAGCAAAAGGCUAUGAUGGACUGUAGUAGCAGGGAAUUACCGGGAUUAUCACUUGAGAGAGAAGUGGAAUUUGUGAUUGAGUUGGCCCCUAGAACGGAGCCAAUCUCUAGAGCACUCUACAAUAUGGCAUUGUCAGAGUUAAAGGAAUUGAAGGUACAGAUGCAAGAGCUGCUUGAUAAGGGAUUCAUUCACCCUAGUGUAUCACCAUGGGGAGCACCAGUGUUGUUCGUAAGGAAUAAAGAUAGUUCGUUGCAUUUGUGUAUCGAUUAUCGGCAAUUGAACCAAGUGACCAUCAAGAACAAGUAUCCAUUGCCAAGAAUAGAUAACUCAUUCGAUUAA